AUGCAGGUCAAAAUCUCCCUACCAAUAUCUCCUCUCACCGAUAUUGACAUUAUGGGAGGUACAGAUGAUCUUCAGAGUGGAUACCUUCCAAACCACAAAAUGGACCCUGCAGUGGUUGAUUCAACCAAUUUUGGCGGAUCGGUGCCAGGCUCUGGGGUCACUGAACAAUUUCUGGCGAAACCGCUUGUAUACACUCCUUCCGAAGGCCCCCAGGUCGUCAUUGCUGCUUCUGAGACAAACUGGGUAUAUGUUCUUAAUGCGGCCACCGGGACGAUUAUAAACAAGCGCAAAGUUCGAGAUCCUUUCGAUGUUGCGGACCUGCCAUGCACAGAUAUUCGUGGCACAGUGGGUAUAACUGGGACUCCAAUAAUAAAGCGCGAGACGAAUACUUUGUAUUUCUAUGCGAAAGGGUACAAAGAUACUGUUAAAGGUGUCUUCAAUGGAGCGUUUCUUCAGGCACCGGAUAAAUAUUUUCAUGGUGGAACCCAUCUCCAGCGAACUUCACUCAUCAUUAAAGGGAACACAGUAUAUGCAGCCUUUGGCGGUGUUUGCGAGCAAUAUAACUUUACGGGAUAUAUAGUUGGUACUGACAUUGGAACACCGAAGAUAAAUGCAAUCUGGACCACGGUAUCCGGACCAGACUCUAUUGCUCAGGAUGGAACCUGGCAUGGCGGUGGGGGAGAGGCAGGAAUCUGGCAGUCCGGUCGUUCCAUGGCAAGUGAUGGAGCAGACAGGUUCUUUGUAGCCACAGGAAAUGGCAAAUUGCUUGGCAGUUACUCCUCUGCGGUACCAGGACCCACACCGCCUAAAAAUUUGGAAGGUUCUGUUGUCAGCAUUAAGGUUAAUAUGACGACAGGAGAACUAACUCCCCAAGACCACUUUCGCCCAUAUGAUUAUGUCAAUAUAGACCCGGAUUUGAGAGAUAUAGGCGCUGGUGGGGUGACAAUUCUAGACCCAGCAUCCUUUUCAGCUGCUACUGCUCCCAUUAUCGGCAUUGUGGGAGGAAAGACUGGGAAAAUGUAUGUUCUUAACAUGAACAAUAUGGGAGGGUUCAAGAACGGAAAUGGAGGAACCGAUGCUGUCAUUCAAACGAUCGUGAUGCCAACAAUAGGGUCCGCUCCUGGAGGUUUAUAUGGCACCGUCGCUUCAUAUCCCCUACCUGGGGUCCAAGGAGGAGGGUAUAUAUAUGCAAAGAUGAUAUCUACUGCCGGGACAGCGAGCCCAAUAUGUGUUUAUAAAUUUAAUCCAGAUGGCACACUUACGGAUGUAGCUCGGUCAGACAAUACUGCCAGCCAUAUUGGCACAGGUAUUCCAACUGUAACCAGUUUCGAUGGGGCUGCAGGGACAGGCAUAUUGUGGUUUACAACUCGCGACGGUGAUCUCAAUGCGUACCGCGCUAUUCCAGUCAAUGGAGUGCUUCAAAGAAUAAAUUUACCCACUAGUGGAAUCAAAAGUGCAAAGUUUCAGCGUCCUGCAUUCGGCAACGGUCGUGUAUAUGUGUCAACUUCUGAUGGCAAUAUUGUAUGCUUUGGAAAGAAGCCUUAG